AUGCACGUGCAUAUCGAGAGCUACAUCAGGGAGAGCAUGAAGACAGAGAUGGCUCAGCUUCAACAGAGCGCCGUCCACAACCACACGGCCGCCAUGUUGGAGAUGGGCACCAACCUGCUCUCCCAGACGGCCGAGCAGACCCGGAAGCUGACCGACGUGGAGACGCAGGUCCUGAACCAGACGUCCCGGCUGGAGAUCCAGCUGCUGGAGAACUCUCUGUCCACCAACAAGCUGGAGAAGGAGCUGAUGGUGCAGACGAAUCAGAUCAGCAAGCUGCAUGACAAGAACGGGCUGCUGGAGCAGAAGAUGCUGGAGAUGGAGGUGCGGCACCAGGACGAGCUGGAGCGCCUGCGGCUGGAGAAGGGGAGCCUGCAGUCCCUGGUGGGCCGGCAGACCGGGGUCAUCAAGGAGCUGGAGACCCAGCUGAACCGCGCCACCGGGAACAGCACCGCCCUGCAGAGGCAGCAGCAGGAGAUGAUGGACACGGUCACCAACCUCAUCAGCCUCUGCUCCAAGGAUACAGCGGUACCCAACAGCACCAAGAAGGCAGAGGAGGACAAGAAGCACCGAGACUGCGCCGACGUCUACCAGGCGGGCUUCCACAAGAACGGGGUCUACACCAUCUACAUCACGCCCCAGGAGACCAAGAAGGUCUACUGUAACAUGGAGUCAGCUGGUGGCGGCUGGACGGUCGUUCAGCGCAGAGAGGACGGGAGCGUGGACUUCCAGAGAACAUGGAAGGAGUACAAGAUGGGCUUCGGGAACCCGGCUGGGGAGCACUGGCUAGGGAACGAGUUCAUGUACCUGCUGAGCAGCCAGCGGCCCAACGUCCUGCGAGUGGAGCUGACCGACUGGAACGGACACCAGGCCUUCUCCCUGUACGACCGCUUCCUGGUGGGCAGCGAGAAGCAGAACUACAGGUUGUCCCUGAAGAGUCACAGUGGGACGGCGGGUCGUCAGAGCAGCCUGGUCAUCCACGGCGCCGACUUCAGCACCACCGACAUGGACAACGACAGCUGCCUGUGCAAGUGCGCCCUCAUGCUCACCGGAGGUUGGUGGUUUGACGCCUGCGGCCCGUCCAACCUGAACGGAAUGUACUUCGCCGAGGGCCAACACAUCGGCAAGCUCAACGGCAUCAAGUGGCACUACUUCAAGGGCCCUAGCUACUCGCUACGUGCUACCACCAUGAUGAUCCGACCUCUGGAUUUCACCUAGGACCAGCAUCUAGCUACUAGCUACUAGCUCCUGGCUACCUGCUACCACCAUGAUGAUCCGCCCUCUGUACUUCACCUAGGACUAGCAUAUAGCUACUUGUUACGUGCUACGACUAUGAAGAUCCACCCUACAGACUUCACCUAAGAAUAGCAUCUAGCUUCGUUCUACGUGCGAUAACCAUGAUGAUACAACCACAACUUCUGCUAAGACUAGCUACUAGCUGCUUGCUACGUGCUACGACUAUGACUAUAUACCCUCUAGACUUUUACUAAGACCUGCUGCAAGCAACACGCUACUACAAGAGUAAAAACCCACCUUGUAGACUUCUGCUUAGAAUAGCAGCUAGCUACAUGCUACAACGAUGACAAUCCGUCUUUUAAACAUGUUCCAAAACAUUUUACUUGCUGCUGGCUACGCACUACAACCACGAGAAUCCAGCUCUGAGCCGUAUCCUCAGACUAGCUACUUGCUAUGUGAUGCGUGCUGUUACCCAUGACAAUCCAGCUAUUAGACCUCUCCUCAGACUAGCUACUUGCUACUUAAUGCGUGCUAUUACCAUGACAAUCCCGCUAUUAGACUUGUCCCAAGACUAUAACCUCUCUACGUGUCGCCAUAAUUAGCCCCUAGCCACUCUUUACUUGCUAGCAUGGCUCACCCGUUGACCUUCUCUUGAGUAGCCCGCCGCUAUGCGCUACAGCCGCGGUGAUUCGCCCGCGACGCUUCGCCGGGGAUCGGGUUUCAGACGUUUGUAAAAGGACACUUCCUGUUUGGCUCCGUGCGUGGGAUGCAGCCUGGCUCAUAACUGGGACGCUAUCGUUGUCUCGUAACCUUUUACACAGAUCUCAGUCCACAGGGAACACUGCCAAGUGGGACGGACUGGGACCUACUUCUGGGAAAGAGAAACGAAAGAAUGGACCUUCUUUUGUCUGGAGGCCAAGCUGCCUAAACCGGACUUGAUGUGAUUGAGGAUUCCUGGUUGGCAUUAACUGAUGGACUGAUUAGCAGGCACAUCUCUGUCUCCGCACCCUGGACCGGUGUGCCGAGGGAACUUUGGUUGUGGAGAUCACCUCGAUACUGUGUUGGAUACUAAGGGCCGUGAGGUGACCCCCUUCGUCUGUAUAAUAUGAAUAUAUAUAUAUAUAUAUAUAUAUAUAUAUAAAUAUAUAUAUAUUGUGUGUUUUUCUACUAUUGUCCUUUGUGUCACUUUGGUCCACUAUAUUACAGGUGGGUGGUGUUGGAGGUUUUAUGUAAAGGCCUACUUUGUACGUUGUUGUGUUCCCAUUAUAAGGAACAACUGAGGUUAUGUAAAUCUGUCUGGCGAUACCUUCUUGGUUAUGUCGAGGCGCUUGGCUUGUCUGGUACGCAUCCAGUGUUUGAAGAAGUGCUUCUGAAUAUCUCAGAGUUGUUAAGCGAUUCCAUCCACCAACUGUUGUUUGGACUAGGGCCUGAGACACAGUGUGUAACCCUCAUUUGAAUGUCGAUUUACGAAUUGGCGGGCAAACGAUGCAGACUCGCCAAGCGAAUUAAAUCAAAAUUCCGUCGGUCAAAUUCUUCAAGCGUUGACGCAGGUGUGUGGAUGUGUGUAAUGGUUGGUAGUAUAUCUAUUUUCUCACUCGUAGAACAAUAAAAAUGUGUUUAGCGCUCGUGUUUUCCAUGCAAGGUGUAAAUAAUUGACCUGAUCAAAAACAACAGUAGUAGAACUUCCAUUGAGUGUGAGCAGAAGUGAACCCUUGACACGGUACGAUGCGUGUUUUCCCAUCUCGUUGGAGGGCCUUCUGGGGGCCGGAGCUCUGGUCCGGCCAGACUAUAUUUCCUUCCUAAUAGGUGAUAAAAGCGCCGUAAAACACAGAGAGUAAGACGGAUACUUAGCCCCUGUCAGAGCUCUGCUGGUUUCCGUGUGGAGUUGAAUCACGCAGUGGUUCCGCUAAACCAAUCACGAUUGCACGUCGUAGGACCUUCUCGAUGCGAACAGCAGGAAGGAAUAUAUAGGGGAACAUCUGGACCCGGAGAUAAGAACCAAUCUCCCCCCGUGAAGGACGACAAGACGCCGUGUUAUCAGCUGAUGUGUUUGUGUGCAGAAAUUGCUCUCCUGAGGGGACGAAUUCAUAGUUAGAGGUUCGGUAUUUCCACCCAUGGAGGUUCUGACAUCGAGCGAGAAGAAGAAAAGCCCUCAAACCCUCCUUUCCUUUUACCUCAUCGUGUUGUACAUUUGCCGAUUUAUUUAACGUCUUUUUUUUUUUCUUUUUUGUCGUAACAAGUGGUACGUGUUGUGUUUUUAAGAUUAAAUAAAGAAGCAUGUGAUGCGCAAAUGUUUCCAACGUGGCGACCCCGUCUCCGUUUAU